UCUCGGUCUCUAUCCCGCUGUCUGUCCCGGUCCUCUGCGGGAACAGGAGUGCCAGUGACGGCUCUGAAGUUCUCAGACAGACCGGACCGUCCUCGGUUCUCAGUCCGGGUUGUUGUCUCUCGUGUCCCCGGACAGAGAAGCGGCUGUUCCCGCAGAGCUGGUCCCACAGACCGGGUUAGAACCAUGAAGAUCCGGGGACUGGUUCUCCUCGGUCUGUGUCUGACCCUCAACACAAGCCGGGCCUUCCCCAACCAGCUGCCCGCCCUGAGCACCGCGCCGCCCGGCCUGCCCUCCCUGAGCGACCCGCUGCUGGAGCCCGAGCCGCGGGGCGACGGGCCAGGAGGCUGCGGCCCGUGUGAGGCGGACCUGUGCCCGGAGCCCCGCGGCUGCAGGGCCGGGCUGGUCCGGGGCCCCUGCGGCUGCUGUCCGGAGUGCGGGAACCUGGAGGGACAAGACUGCGACCUGGGGAACCGGAGCGUGUUCUACGGGCUGUGCGGGACCGGGCUGCGGUGUCAGAGAGGAGGAGGAGGAGGAGGAGGAGGAGUGGGGGAGGAUGAGGAUGAAGAUGAACAGGUGUGUGUCUGUGAACAGCUGGAGGUCGUGUGUGGUUCUGAUGGAAGAACAUACAUGAACAUGUGUCAGUUCAGAGAGGAGGUGUCCUCCAGACCAGAGCUCACCGCCCAGGGGAGGGGCCCCUGCAAGACAGUCCCCGUCAUUAAGGUUGGUCCUCGCAGUCAGGUGGACGGGACAGGAAGUAGCCUGGUGUUCCUGUGCGAGGUGUUUGCGUUCCCGAUGGCGCUGGUGGAGUGGAGGAAGGAGGGGCGAGAUGUGGUCCUGCCCGGUGACGACCCACACAUCUCUGUCCAGUCUCGGGGCGGUCCUCUGAAGUUCGAGCUGUCCAGUUGGCUGCAGAUUGAACUGGUGGAGGCUGAAGACUCUGGGACCUACCACUGCAUUGCCCGUAACCACCUGGGAUCUGCCUCCGCCUCCGCUGUACUGGGAGUACUGGGAACAGAGGAGCUGUCGUCCUAUCUGGCAAACAGCGUCUCCGAGAUGAAGCAGCUGAUGGACGACUACGAGCUGGACGCCUACUGAUCCACAGGGGACUUCCUGUCUGGCCGUCCAGCAGAGACUGUGGCCCCUCUGAAAUAGGACAGAUUCAGCUUCAGGUCACCUGAUGGUGAUGAAUGUAUAUAUAUAUAUAUAUUAUUAUAUUUCAUAUUUUUUAUAAUGAUAAUGUGUGUAUCUAUACUGGUCUUUGCUGUGUAGCUUUUAUUCUUAUAUUUUAUUUGAGCUGAUGUUUAUGUAUUUUCUCUGAAGUAUCUUAAAGGUUUGUUAUUGUAUCUGAAGUUCAAACUGAAAAGUUCUCUGAACGACGGAGACACUUCUCUCUCUCUCUCUCUCUCUCUCUCUCUCUCUCUCUCUCUCUCUCUCUCUCUCUCUCUCUCUCUCUCUCUCUCUCUCUCUCUCUCUCUCUCUCUCUCUCUCUCUCUCUCUCUCCCUCUCUCCUCACCUCACACCAGCACGUGUCUUUCAUUGCUUGUAUAGUAACCAUCGGUUGCACACUGGUGCUCACAAUGCAUUGUGGGAUGUGGAGUCCACUGUGUGAGGUAUACUUACUGUCAGUGAUUACAA